AUGAGGGAGUGUAGGAAAUGUAAAUCAAGUGAGUAUACAAACAAAAAUCUUAUAAUGCUUAUCAAUGAAUGUGGUCAUCCUCUUUGCAAAAACUGCGUCGAUAAUUUAUUUGCUAGAAAUGCGGCACCUUGUGAAGUUUGCGGCAAGAUGUUGAAGAAAAAUAACUUUUGGGAGCAAGUCUUUGAUGAUCCAGUUAUCGAGAAAGAGAACUUUAUUCGGAAACGAAUUCGCAAGAUUUACAAUUUGCGAGAAGCCGAUUUUCCAAACUUGCGCGAGUUCAAUGACUACCUUGAAAGGGUAGAAACAAUCGUUAUGAACUUAAUUCAUGAGGAAGAUGUUGAUGGAACGGAGAAAGAAAUCAAAGCUUUUCAAGAAGCGCAUGGCGAGGAUAUUGAGCGUAAUCGAAAAAAGCUGGGCCCGGAUGAGCUGUGGAUUCAACAACAAAUCAGAGAAGAAUCCGCGAUGAAAGCUCGAUUGCAUGAUUUGAGAAGCACUGAUGAAUUUAAAGUUCAUCAAGACAACCAAAACAUCAAAGAGGCAAAAGAAGUUAUCAAAGAACUUCGAGAUUCCAAUGUUGCCGCAGGAUUGAUUUUGGAUCGAGAACGAAAGAGGCAAAUUGAACAAGAGUUAGAAGAACGCGAAGAGGUGGAACGUCGCAAAAAGAUGAAAAAAGAUCGUAAAAGAUUGGAUGGUAUCAGCUUUGCUGCUCAUCGUAUUGCUGGACGGGCCUACAUUCACAAACCGGUGCUUCUCGAGCUCAAUGGGCCACCAAUGCCAACCAUGGAAGAAAUUGAAUCAAGCGGGUACUUACAAUGGGUGCGAGAGCCUUCAGCGCACCGACGAGCUGGUGGAUUCACUUCGGCGAUCGCUUGUUAUCGAGCUCUUCUUGAGGUCCGCCUCGACUUGUUUGCAGUUCAACAAAAGAAAUCUAUUGCAAUUGAUGGA